AUGCUAGCUGCCUCUGCGGCGCCGUGCGCCGGCCUCCAGCACUGCGCUUCACCUAGGUCAAAGUAUAGCAGCGGCGUCCGUCCGCUCCCCCAGCGGCCUCACAGUCGGCUCGUGGCGCGCGCCUCGAAGACCCCGCAGCGGCCGAACGACAUCGACGAAGCGAAGGAGGUGACGGAGAAGUACGGGCUCGAGGCGGGGCUCUUUAAGGCCUUCACGAGCAAGCGGAAGGACGGCGGCGACGGCGCCGGGGCCGAGCAGGGGUCCGGGGGCGCCGCGACGGCGAAGGAGCUGCUCAAGCGCUACGGCGGGGCGUACCUCCUCACGUCCAUCAGCCUCAGCAUCAUCAGCAUCGUCACGUUCUACCUCGCCAUCGACAACGGCGUGGAUGUCGCGGCACUGCUGGCAAAGGUGGGCAUCGAGGUGACGCAGGGGACGGAACGCGCGGGGACGUUCGCGCUGGCGUACGCCGCGCACAAGGCGGCGUCGCCGAUCCGGUUCCCGCCGACGGUCGCGCUCACGCCGCUCGUCGCGAAGGCGCUGGGCAAGGACGUCGACGGCGACGCGGAGGGCGACGCGUGA